AGUACAGUCGUGCAUUAUGCGCGUCGCGUUAGGGAUUCUUAUGUACGCCGGCUGUUGUUUAUGGCGAGCCGCUAGUCUAUCCUCUGAGUCUACGCCACUUUAUCUUCGCAGUGCAUAUCCUUUGUGGGACCCAAAACCUGAAAGUUCAACACGUACAGGGGAACCUCUUUUAUUGACUCAGUAUCUACAAAACGGACAAAUACUUAAAGCUAAACAACUGGCUCGUGUUACUGAUGUAUUUCACCCACAGACUGUAACUAGCUACUCAGGAUAUUUCACAACUAGCAAAGAAUUUAAUUCAAACUUAUUUUUUUGGUUUUUUCCUGCUUCGUGUCUCUAUCACUCUAAAGAAGCGCCGCUAAUAAUAUGGUUACAAGGAGGACCCGGUGCUAGUUCAAUGUUUGGUGUGUUUAAAGAAAUUGGACCGUUUCUAUGUUCUUUUAAUGGUAGAAACUAUACAGUGAGUGAAAAUCCAUUAUCCUGGCAUAGCAACAAUUCAUUGUUGUUUAUAGACAGUCCUGUGGGAACAGGAUAUAGUUUUACUGAACACAAUGAUGGUUAUGCAACGAACUUUUCAACUGCUGGAGAUCAGCUUUUUGAAGUUCUCAUGCAGUUUUACAUAAUGUUUCCAGAACAACGGGCAAGUUCAUUAUAUAUAAUGGGAGAGUCAUAUGGAGGAAAAUUUGUUCUAUCUUUGGCAUCACUAUUACAUAAUGAUAAAAGAUCAGCAGAUGUAAAAAUAGGUGGAAUCGUUAUUGGUAACGGAUUUUUAGAUCCUGAAACCUUGUUGUGUUAUAGUGAUUUUAUGUAUCAAGUAGGAUUGAUAGACAACAACACUCGUCAAGAUAUAAUCAGAUUAGAAACCCAAGGAAAGAAAGCUAUUCAAGAAAAACAUUAUGUAGACGCUUUUUAUGCUUGGAGUGGAAUUAUGAGCACUUUCAUCGAACAAGCUCAGUUUUCAAGUUUAUAUAAUGUAAUUAACGGUGACAUGUUUCCAUGGAGUUCAUCUGGAGCAGUAAAUGACGUUAGCUAUAUAGAAAUGCUGCAAACAGUGGAAAGUCGUCGGGCAUUACACGUGGGAGAUAUAGAAUAUACUAGUUUAGGAGUAGUUUAUUAUAAAAUGAUACCAGAUUUUAUGAGUUCUGUCAAAACACAUUUAGAACAAAUAAUAAACAAAUAUCCAGUACUAGUUUAUAAUGGACAGAUGGAUUUAGUAGUAGCUUAUCCAAUGUCUGUGAGUUUGUACUCAAGUUUAAAGGGCUCAUAUGAUAAUGAUUAUAAAAAAGCUACUAGAAAACCAUACUAUAUUAAUAAAAAAUUAGCUGGGUAUAUUAAAUCAACUGGAAAUUUUACGGAAAUAUUAGUAAGAAAUGCAGGUCAUUUAGUGAGCUGGGAUCAACCGGAAAUAUUAUACAAAAUUAUAGAUAAAUUUAUUAAAAAACAGCUCAACUAGUCAAUUUGUAAAUUAAUUCAUAAAUUGUAAUUAAAAAAGUGUUAAAAAAAUUAAAUUAAUUAAUUUUUAAAAAAAUAUUGAUAGUAUAUAUUUAUAUUGAGGAAUUAUUUCUAGUCAAUAACUCUUCCUUUGUAUAAAAUCUAAAAUUAAAAAUAAAUAAUCACUUAGCAUUUGUUCUUUCAUAGCUGUAGUAUAAUU